AUGCACGAAUAUUUAAACGAAAGUGUAGUGUUUGGAGUCUUAAAUAAAAUAAAUGGCGUGACGGGAACCUUCAAGCUUCCUUGUCAUUCAAGUCUUUAUGCCGAGCCAGAAAACCAGCAUUGGGGCACAGGUGACCUUUAUGCUUGCCUGAUGUUCAAGUCUUUAUGCCGACCCAAUGCUGGUCCCAUUGGGGCACAGGCAAGAAAAUGGGAAGAGAUACAUACAAACGAAAUCAGUGUACCCUCAGUCCACCUUCACCAUUCUACAUUCACUGAAGUUGGUACUAUUAAAGGCGGAACUGGAACUAUCAGUGAUGGAACGUUUGGUGUCAAUUGUUCGCAUAAAAAAAGAGAUCUUGAAAAGGAAGAGGAAAAAGAAUACGCGAAAGAAUGGAAUUUUUGA